UUUUUUUCCCGGUGAGGAAACUCUUUAUUUAUUAUUUUUUAUAUAUUAUUUUAGUUUAAAGGUUAAAAUUGUCAUUGUUCAAUGGAGGUUAUCUAAUAUUUUCACAACCGGCGGUGUAUGUUGGGGAGUUAGUUGACGCGACUUUGGUUGAUCUCAUAUAUCCACCGCCUCCUCCUCGAUGUUUCCUCCAUAUACACGUGUAUAUCACCGCUUGUGUUUUAUCGACUUCUUCUUUUCCUCUGGUUAUGCAGUUCUCCCACCGUCUCAACCACCAACCGAUUGUGUAUGUUUUGAUUGACUGGGAAUAAACAAACUAUAAAGCUCUUAAAGGUCUUCGAUUCAUUCAUAAUUCUCCCUUUACCCUUCUACUCAUACCAAAGAAGUUGCACGCCAACUAUUUAUUUGAUGGAAUGCCUCAUUAAGACACACAUAAGAACAUCUGAUUUUAAGGUCAUUUAAUUAAGCUUCUCUGAAUUCACAAGUCCACAGUUCCAUCAAACAAUUUGGUUAUAUCGAUGUGCUUAAUCUUUUUGAGAUCACAAUUUAGGUAAUUUAUUCUGGAGGUAUUAUUAAAUGAGUCUUGAUUGCAUCAGCUUCUAUUUGAUUCCAAACCAAAUGGAUGUUACCACACAGCCGUCAACCUUGCUGGAAUUGCUUUCUAGAUCCAAUCUCCUAGUCUUUCGAUCGCUAUUCGAAUGUCUGGACCAGUAGAAAUGUUACAACUUCUUAACCUGUUUAUUCUUUAUGUCAUUCCAUUCGACAACAAAGGCCAGCUCAAAGAAGCUUUUCAACAUCAGGUUAGCCUCUUUAAGAGGAAGAUUGAGGAACAUGAGCAUGAAGUAGCACAAACUUUACUAGAUAAUGUUGGAAAAUGUAUCAAAAAGAAAGAAAAGAAGCCCAUCAUUGAAAGGGAGAAGGUGAGAAAGCAGUCCUUGAUGGAGCUAGAAAUGCAGGAGCAAGUUAGAGAGAUGCAAGAAAUGGAAAAGACGAUGCAAAAACUAACACGAUGGAUCACUUUGAAAGGGAAAAAAGGGAAGAAGUUGCACCUCUCAUUGAUGAUACUUUCCAAAAAUGUUUAG